GCGGCUGAGGCGGCCGCUCCCGCCAUGCUGAAGCUGAAGCUGCUGCUGGUGGGGCCCCGCGAGUCUGGGAAAUCCGUGUUGGCAAACUUUGUUUCGGAGAGCACAGAAGCGAUUGGCAGCUACAGCCCGACGCAAGGUGUAAGAAUCCUGGAGUAUGAGAAGCCAAACUGGAAUGGUAACAGCAAGGGAGCUGGGUGUCGAUUUGAGCUGUGGGAUUGCAGUGGUGAUCAAAAGUUUGAAACAUGCUGGCCAGCUCUGAUGAAGGACUCUCAUGGUGUAAUAAUCAUCUUCAACCCCGAGCUGCCCAGUCACCUGAAAGAAAUUGAAAUGUGGUACUCCUGUUUUGUGCAGCAGCAGCCACUGCUUGAUAAUCAGUGUCUCCUAGUUGCACAUCACAAACCAGGCAGUGCAGGAGACACAGAAAACUUGUCCUUGGCUUACCCACUGAACAAGCUAAAACUAAUACAUUCCAACUUGGAAGAAGAUCCUGAAGAUGUUCGGAUGGAAUUUAUUAAGUACUUCAAAAGUAUCAUCACCUUAAUAAAUGAGAGCAGAGAGAGUGAAGAAAUGUCAAUUAUCUCCUAACAUUAAAAGGAAGGUAAAGGAUUAUUUUCACUUUGUAAACUCUACUAGCCUGUGAGCAGGUCCUCACCAUGAGUAUUUGCCAGCCUAUAAACACUUCAUCCUAUAAACAAGUGCUGACAUCAGAUAAACUGUGGUGCCAAAGAGAAGGCUGCACAUCCAGGAUUUCGGGUAACUUUAGCUGCCCUUUGGUGUCAUAGCAAGGUUUUUUAACAUAUUAAUGUGGAGCAAAACACAGAGGUAUGGGUCACUCCUUCAGAAUCAUUUUUGUAGAGGUGCUGAGAGAAGAAAGCCUGACAGGACAUAAGAUUUGUGGAGUUCUGUUGAAGCAUCUGAGCAGAGUGCUCGUGUUAGCUGUGUUCCUGGAGAAGUUACGCUUUUGGAAGUUGGAACAAACUGAUUGGAAGAGAGAUCUGAGAAGUAGUUGUGGAGUGGAAUCCACAGCUUUAUGUUCCAAGUUCUCCUUAUCUUCUGUCCAGCACCUGAAGAGAGCACAUUGCAUAGCUAUUGCCUUGGCAAGACAAGGUAGGUUGCAGUCUUUUUCAGGGCCAGGUUUUUCUUCUAUUCCAACAAAAUAAACAUAUUGUUGGGGACAAUGUUUGGGCCUCUCUGGGAGAGAAAGAAUUGAAAUCUAAGUGUAGUGCAAAACUUUGAGCUAUGCUGGGAGCUCCAAUAGAGGAAAAAAAAAGUUCUGCAUUCACCAGAAGAAUAAAAGCUGGUUUGAAAUCUGUGCUACUGUUCCCUCUUGCCUUGAAAGAAGUGGUUUCAUAGAUAAUUUACUUUCUGAUUGGUUUGGUUUGCACUCGUCCCUGCUCUUAGGCCUGUCUUGCUGUGGAAGGCAUUUUCUUGUGACAUGAAGUACUG